AGAGAUAAAAUAAAUAAAAAUCCAAAUCCAGAAGAAGAAGAAGAAGAACCUUCAUUGAGUAGCUUUACUGGUGGAGCCGGCGCAGUGUCUUACUGUAGGUGGAAAUUUCACCUGUUGAAGCAGCAAUGGCUUCAAUUCAACAUCUGAGAGAGUUUAUCAGGGACAGACUAACGGCUGCUGCUGAAGACAUCUUCUCAGAGUUUGAAAAAACCAUCGUCCAGUACGAGGAGAAGAUCGAGCGUCAGCGCAGACUGCAGGACAUCACCUGGAACCCGGCGGUAAAGCUCCAGCGGACAGAUCUUGCACAGCAGCACAUCGGUGUUCAGACUGAGUUUUUCACAGACCAGCAGGUCUGUGACCAGGAGAGGAACUCCAGUAGGGGCCAGGAGGACCCGAAGGCUCCACAGAUUAAAGUGGAAGAAAAGGAAGUCUGCAUCAAUCAGGAAGGAGGGCAGUUUGCACUGAAGCAGGAGAAUGAUGCCGUUAUGAUGGCACCAACUUGUGAAGAAAGUGAACCACAACCAGAAAGUGACCGGCCCCUCUCUAACAGUUCUGAUAUUUGCACGUUUGUUAAUUCCACAUCCAAAGAAACAUUAGAAGUUACUAAUAAGAGCGCUGACAAUGAGGUAGAACUCAACCAUCUGGACAGCACCUGGAACCCCGUGGUGAAGCUCUACAGGAUAGAUUUUCCACAGCAGCAUGUCUGUGAUCACAAGGAGGUUCCUACAGACCAGCAGGUCUUAAACCAGGAUCGGAACUUCAGCCCAGACCAGGAGGACCCAGAGCCUCCGCAGAUUACAGGGGAGCAGGUAGCAGUCGGCCUCAGUCACCAGGGAGAGCAACUCGUACAGAACGAGGAGACUGACGCUGUUACAGUUCAGCCAUGUUUGGGUCCUCCUGCCCAUGAGCAGCCUAACACAGCCCCUGUUAAAGUCAGCGCAGAUUCUGAUUUGGCUCUGAAAACCAAAACCUUCACAGGUGAGAAGCUGUAUCUCUGCAACACCUGUGGAAAAACACUGAAAACCGUGUCCUCAUUUAAAAGGCAUAACGCCAGUCACACAGGGGAGAAGCCGUACACUCGUCACAGCUGUGGGAGAAAAUCUAGAGGCUUGAGGUCUUUAAAAAGGCACGUGAAGACACAGCUGAUCAGAAGCACGUCUGUAACACCUGUGGGAAAAGGUACAAACAGGAAAUAACUUCACAUGCAACGUCACACAGGUAAUAAGACAAAGGCCUGAAACGUCUGCUGGAAAACUGUGCCCCUGAAACGAGGCUUGAUGGUAAAAAGUACGAAUUUGUACAGGUUCACAUGUGAGAUGGUUCAAUAAAAUCUCGUUUUUGUUCUGUG